GGGCGUCUUGCUAUUCGCGGUACCUCUACUAACAUGAUUUCAUGUAGGCUCUUACCAUAUUUUCACUAUAACUCUACCCUCCACCACACAUAUUCAACAUUGACAACGCCUUUAUCUUCAUCUCCAUAGCCGCCAACUCACAUAUUAUGUCCAAUAUUUCAUCGUCGCCCGAGUUCGCCAACCCAAAUCAACCACCCGACACCGCUGCUCUCACAACAACUCCCACUGCGACUUCCCCGGCCUCUUCUAGGGUUUUCGAUACGAACUCUUCCCCACCCGAUAACAAAUCUGCUCGGGAUCUUUCAUUAUCGCUCGUUCCCGAAGUGCCUCCGACUACAGAAUCCACCUCUUCCCUCUGGCACGACGUUCAGCUGCCCAAAAUGCACAUCGCCAAACCCGGCCCUAAGAUGCGCCAAAACGGCUCCACGAACUGGCCACACGGAGUUCUUGCAGGUGGCAUCGUAAUCGACAUACUUGAACACCUUUCUGGAACGUCACGUCAAAGGGAUUGGUCGAUCGCGCUCUGGCUGCAAGAACACUAUAUCAUACCCUUUGGCCGAGUCGAGCGCCUCGACGGGCUAAUAGUUGGGAGCAUGGAUGAUAUGGAUAUGAUCCAUUUGGCGCACGAGCGAUAUGUUGAGCUCAUAGGCCUUAGGGUGACGGUGCAAAGGCUUUGGGUGCCUGGCUUGGAACCUACGUACAUAGAACCUGGGAGUAGAGGUCCAGUGCAAGUCCCUGCGUUGCCGACACGUUUCCAGCAGAUCGUCUGGAGAGCGAGUGACAUGUACUCCAGAAACGGCAUCCAAGUUCCACGAAAGGGGCAGAGUGCUGGGGAGUGGACGGAUGAGUUGGGUUGGGAUCGGAAGAUCUGGAUGGUACCCGGUGCGAAAGAGGAGACGAAUAGCUUGGGGAAAGCUAGCUCAUGCUGACCAUAUAGAUGAUACGAAUGGAGCUACGCCUGAAGAAUCAAGG